AUGGAAUGGGUUACAGAUAUGGAGGAAAUUGAUAAACAAUUGGAAAAGAGAUUACGACACAAAACUAAAGCCGCAGCGUGGUUUGUGUCCCGAUGCGAUUCUAAAACUGACAGAAAUGUAUUUGUCCGAAAUCUGCAGAAGCAUUUAAACAAGUAUAACUUAACAGUGGACGUAUACGGCAAAUGUGGAUCUUUGCAGUGCCCUAGAUCACAAUCGGAUGUGUGCGAUGCGAUGCUUGAAAAGGAUUACUAUUUCUACUUGGCCUUAGAAAACUCAUUUGAUGAAGAUUACGUUACAGAAAAGGUACUAAGAGCUAUGCAGAACAAUGUAGUACCCAUAGUAUACGGUGGAGCGAAUUAUUCUAGAUUCUUGCCACCUGGGUCGUACAUAGACGGCCGCGCGUACUCUGCUUACGACCUGGCAGAUAUUAUGUAUGGUCUGAUGCUGUCCCAGACGGCGUACAGUCACUCGUCUUUUAUUUGUGUCACUUUAUUUUUCGGAUCCUACGUCAUGGCCUCACAGUAUUCUAAUGAAAAGGACAAUACUAAAGAAACAAAAUUCUCAGUAAGAAAGCACAGGUGCGCUGUCGACGCUAGGAAGAAUGAGAUGAAGGAACUGAUAUAUAUCCUUAUGUGGCAUGAGCAGGGGCAUCACAUUUUUACCGAAGAUGAAUGCCUGUACACCAAUUGUUACAUCACUUUUAACAGAAGCCUCUUUGGCGAUGACAUCGCGAAAUUUGAUGCUGUCAUCUCAUACAACGGCAUACCUCAUGUACGAUCACCAAGACAAAAAUAUAUAUUCUACACUAUGGAGUCGGCAGACCGCUUUCCCGUUUGUAAAGACAUAUAUGAUGGAUUCUUUAACUGGACUAUGACGUACAAAUUGGAUUCUGAUAUUGGUCAAAGUUAUUUUCUCAUUAAGAACAAUAAUGGGGAAGUUGUUGGUCCAAAAAGAAAUAUGGAAUGGGUUACAGAUAUGGAGGAGAAGAUCGAUGAACAAUUGAAAAAGAGGCUACGGAACAAAACUAAAGCCGCGGCGUGGUUUGUGUCAGAUUGUCGCGCCCGAAGUGGCAGAGAUAAAUUUGUGCGUAAUCUACAGAAACAAUUAAACAAGUAUAACUUGACAGUGGAUGUAUACGGCAAAUGCGGACCUUUGAAAUGCCCAAAAUCACAAUCGGAUGUGUGCGAUGCGAUGCUUGAAAAAGAUUACUAUUUCUACAUGGCCCUAGAAAAUUCAUUUGAUGAAGAUUAUGUUACAGAAAAACUACUGAGAGCUAUGCAAAACAAUGUAGUUCCAAUAGUGUAUGGCGGAGCUAAUUAUUCAAGAUUCUUGCCACCUGGGUCGUACAUAGACGGCCGCGCGUACUCUGCUUACGACCUGGCAGAUAUUAUGUAUGGUCUGAUGCUGUCCCAGACGGCGUACAGUCAGUACUUCAGAUGGAAGAAAUAUUACACAUACCACGAUGCAGACAAAUCUAACUCCUGUAUCUUAUGCGAGGCGAUGAACAACAGGGAAAAAGUUGAAACGCAUAGUGUCCAUAAUCAUUUUAGACAUUGGUGGAAUAAUAAUUUCAAUAAAGUCUGUGAUGAUGGAAUAUUUAUCAUUUACAUAGGUGUAUCUCGACUGAACGUGAAACUAAACUUAAGAGGAUUGAAGGCUGCACGCUCGGGGAGCUAA